GUCUUCCAUAUCUCACGUUGAGAAGUUCCAUAUCAUACUAAACAUGGAGAAGGAAGAAAAGAAGUUUGUCAAUAAGGCAGAGGAGGAGGAGAUGGAGAUCUAUGGUUAUGAAUUAUGUCGUUGGAAGCUGGUGCUAGUUACUGUAGGAGUGAUCUGUUCUGGUGGCUUCCUACUCCUCCUCCUCUACUGGAUGCCUCAGUGGCGUGUGAAAGCAACGUGCAAAAAGACUACGCUUAAAGACUGUGAAGUGGUUCUGCUGAGAACAACUGAUGAAUUCAAGAUAUGGUUUUGUGCAAAGGUUCGCGUUAUGCCUUCUUUGGGAGCCAGUCCUUUACAGAAUCCUGACCCCGUUGUACACAAGGUUUCAAAUGGCCACACUGUUCAUUUCUGUGAAUCUGCUGCAGAAGAGAAUAAAAAUUAUUUGAAAAAAUAUUUGCCUAUUCGUUAUUUCACACAUCACAGCGUGAAGUAUUUCUGGAAUGAUUCAGCUCAAAGUUUUGAUGUUGUACGAGGAUUAGAUGACUCUACAUUCUGUUCUUCAAUUCAUAAUGAACACAGCAGAGGACUGACAAAGGAGAUGCAUGAUUAUAGGAAAAUGUUCUUUGGAAUAAAUGAAAUUGCUGUGAAAGUGCCUUCCAUUUUUAAGCUUCUGAUUAAGGAGGUUCUCAAUCCUUUUUACAUUUUUCAGUUGUUCAGUGUAAUAUUGUGGAUCACUGAUGAAUAUCACUACUAUGCAUUAGCAAUUGUGAUCAUGUCUGUAAUAUCCAUUGUUAGCUCACUCUACACUGUUAGAAAGCAAUAUGUUAUGUUACAUGACAUGGUAGCAGCUCACAGCAUUGUAAGGGUUUCUGUCUGCAGAAGAAAUCAAGAAAUUGAAGAAAUCCUUUCUACCGAUCUUGUGCCUGGAGAUAUCAUGUUGAUUCCAUCUAAUGGGACAAUUAUGCCCUGUGAUGCAGUACUUCUCAGUGGUACUUGUAUCGUGAAUGAAAGCAUGUUAACAGGUGAAAGUGUUCCUGUCACGAAGAUUAAUCUACCAAAUCCUUCAGAAUAUCCAAAAGCAACAGGAGAUGAAAUAUACAGUCCGGAAGCUCAUAAGAGACACACCUUGUUUUGUGGAACCAAUGUGAUCCAAACUCGCUUUUAUACUGGAGAAUUAGUCAAAGCUCUGGUAGUGAGAACAGGCUUUAAUACUGCUAAAGGACAGCUUGUUCGUUCCAUACUGUAUCCAAAGCCAACUGAUUUUAAACUCUACAGAGAUGCCUACUGGUUUCUCCUGUCUCUGGUGGUGGUGGCAGGCAUUGGGUUUAUUUACACAAUUGUCAAUAGCAUCUUAAAUGAGGUUCCAGCUCAUACCAUCAUCAUUGAAUCUCUUGACAUUAUCACUAUCACGGUGCCUCCAGCUCUCCCUGCUGCCAUGACUGCUGGCAUCGUUUAUGCACAAAGACGGUUGAAAAAAAUCGGCAUCUUCUGCAUCAGCCCUCAAAGGAUAAAUAUUUGUGGCCAGCUGAAUCUUGUGUGUUUUGAUAAGACUGGCACACUUACUGAGGAUGGCUUGGAUCUUUGGGGAAUUCAGCGGGUGGAAAAUGCUCGUUUCCUUUUGCCGGAAGAGAGGGCUUGCAGUGAGAGCUUGCUGAAGUCUGAGUUUAUUGCUUGCAUGGCAACUUGUCAUUCCCUUACUAAAAUUGGAGGGGUGCUUUCUGGGGAUCCGCUUGAUCUGAAGAUGUUUGAAGCAAUAGGUUGGAUUUUAGAAGAAGCAACAGAAGAGGAAACAGCACUUCAUAAUCGAAUCAUGCCAACGGUGGUGCGACCUUCAAAACAACUUUUUCCAGAAUCCAAGCAAGCAACUAAUCAAGAAAUGGAAUUAUUUGAGCUUUCGACCACUUAUGAAAUUGGGAUUGUGCGCCAGUUUCCAUUUUCUUCAGUUUUGCAACGCAUGUGUGUGAUAGCGAGAAUUCUUGGGGAGAAGAGAAUGGAUGCUUAUAUGAAAGGUGCCCCUGAAGUGAUUGCAAGCUUGUGUAAGCAGGAAACAGUUCCUGUUGACUUUGAGAGUGUCCUGGAAGAAUACACCAAGCAGGGCUUCCGAGUUAUUGCGCUUGCUCACAGAAAAUUGGAGUCUAAACUUACAUGGCACAAAGUUCAGACUAUUAAUAGAGAUGCUAUUGAAAGUAACAUGGAUUUUAUGGGGUUAAUUAUAAUGCAAAACAAGCUAAAGCAAGAAACCCCUGCUGUACUUGAAGAUUUGCAUAAAGCCAACAUUCGCUCUGUCAUGGUUACAGGAGAUAACAUGUUAACUGCUAUCUCCGUGGCCAGAGAUUGUGGAAUGAUUCUACCUCAGGAUAAGGUCAUUAUUGCUGAAGCACUACCUCCAAAGGACGGGCAGGCUGCCAGAAUUAACUGGCAUUAUGCAGAUACCCUCGCAAGAUGCACUAGUUCAUCACCAGCCAUAAACUCAGAGGAUAUUCCAGUUAAAUUGGUCCAUGAAAGUCUUGAGGAUCUUCAGAUGACCAAGUACCAUUUUGCAAUGAAUGGAAAGUCAUUUGCAGUGAUUUUGGAGCAUUUUCAGGACCUGGUACCCAAGCUUGUAUUACAUGGCACUGUGUUUGCUCGCAUGGCUCCUGAUCAGAAAACUCAGUUGGUGGAAGCUUUACAAAAUGUAGAUUACUAUGUGGGCAUGUGUGGAGAUGGUGCGAAUGACUGUGGCGCACUAAAGAGGGCACAUGGUGGUAUAUCUUUGUCUGAACUCGAGGCUUCUGUGGCAUCACCGUUCACUUCCAGGACACCUAGUAUUUCCUGCGUGCCAAAGCUGAUCAGGGAAGGCCGUGCUGCUUUAAUAACUUCCUUCUGUGUAUUUAAAUUCAUGGCAUUAUACAGCAUUAUCCAGUACAUCAGCGUUACUCUGCUAUAUUCUAUCCUGAGCAAUUUGGGAGACCACCAGUUUCUCUUCAUUGAUUUGGCAAUCAUUUUGGUGGUUGUAUUCACUAUGAGCCUGAACCCUGCUUGGAAGGAGCUGGUUGCACGGAGGCCUCCAUCAGGCCUUAUCUCAGGUCCACUUCUGUGUUCCGUUUUGUCUCAGAUCAUCAUCUGCCUUGUUUUCCAAACAUUCGGGUUUCUUUGGGUCAAGCAGCAGCCCUGGUUUGAACGUUGGACACCAGAAUCUGAUGCAUGUAAUGUAUUGGAUGCCUCAAACAUCAGCUCUGCGCAUUAUGGGAACGAGACUCUUGAUGAUGAGCAUAACAUUAAAAAUUAUGAAAACACAACUUUGUUUUUUAUAUCCAGCUUUCAGUACCUCAUAGUCGCAAUUGUCUUUUCAAAAGGAAAGCCCUUUAGACAACCGUGCUACAAAAAUCUUCUGUUUGUUACUUCCGUGGUAGUUCUCUAUGUCUUCUUAUUUUUCAUCAUGUUGCAUCCCUCUGAACUUAUCAACAUGUCUUUUGAGCUCGUAUGUGUGCCAUAUGAGUGGCGGCUGAGAAUUCUCAUCAUUGUUAUUGUCAAUGCAAUUGUAUCCGUGCUGAUGGAGAAUGUCCUCCUUGAUAUGAUCCUUUGGAAGGUUGUGUUCAGUCGAGACAAACAAGGAGAAUAUCGCCUCACCAUACCCCAGCCGCCUCAGGAGGCUGUGGAUCGUCUUGGAGUCUGUUUCCUUUCUUCCCUGUUUGGUUAUAGAGAGAAGGCACCAAAAGCCAAGUAUAUGCAUCUAGCUCAGGAACUGCUGGUUGAUCCAGAAUGGCCACCAAAACCCAGAACGACAACAGAAGCUAAGGCACCAUCCCAAGAGAAUGGCUCAUAUCAAAUCAUCACUUUAACGUAACAGUGGAUCUUAGUGGCACGUGUCUUUAGUAGAAUUGAGAAGAAUGUAACUUUUAGGCUUCAUCUGAAAUUGCGGUAUCCUAAACGUUAAGUUCUAAUGCCAAUUUUUCCAGCUGUUUCAUCUCUCUGAAGCCAGACAUCUUAUGGCUGUACAUUUUAAAAAUGUAGGCUACCUUAGGCAGAACAAAAAUGAUUGUUUCCUUCCUCCUCCUUUCAAAUUUCAUUAUUCCUUAAUGAGAUGUAUUUGAAGAUUUAAACUGCAGGGCAGUUGAGGAGGUUCAUUUUAUUUGCCUGAAGUAUCUCAGUCGUUGUUCUGACUUCCUUACCGGGACACAUGUUAAUUGUAAGGUCUAUAAUGUAAUGGUUUCAUGGUAGUACUAGAGGCAUGUAACAACUUUGUCAUACCCUUCUUUGUUUUCAAACAUUCACUGCUGAAAAGCUUUGUGCCCGGAAGGGUACUAAAGUUUUGAUGUGUGUACCCUUUAAGUUUGUCCCUGCUCCUUAGGAGAGUUUCCAGCUGUAAGUGUUUGGAUUUGAAGUUUGGUUCUUUAGUCUACCACAGCAGGAACUGGGGAUGCUGCAGAAGCAAUAUGCUCUGUCCUCAAGAAGAAAGUGUGUUGCUUUUGGGUGGGUUCUUAGCUGCUUUCCUCGCUAACCCUUGAGAAGGACUUCAUUGGACUUCAGAGGAGGAGGCAUUAGGCUGUACUCUCAAAGUUUUUGGGGAAUCUAAUACUGCUGUCUCAUAUUUUAGUGUCUCUAGCUAUGCAUUUCUCCACCGACCUUGCUUUUUCCAGCAGAUGGGCUGAAUUAUCACUUUGUGGACCAUGUUUUAUUUGUAAAUCUUAAAGUAGUUUUCUUAAGUAUCUUGAAGUAGUAAAGCCAGAGCUGUUGCUGCAAGUGGGAUGGAGUGGGAGGGAGGAAUAUUUUCACAUGUCCAUGCUUGGAUUUGUGCAUGUUCAGAACAUAUGCAUUUCAAAGAAGCUGCUAGUGACUUAAAGUAACUUAAGCACUAUAUGUAGCUGUAUGAAACAAAAUUAGGAGAAAAUAGAUGAGCUAAAAUCUGUCUUGCUGCAGAACUAUGAAGCUUAUAAUAGAUAUCAUUUCAAAAAACAAACAAAAAAUUAAAACCAAAAACAAACAAAAAAAGCAACUAAAAAAAAUACCUAAACCUUGUGUCACUAAUAAUGCUGCUUAAGCACUUGGUAUAGCGAUGCAUCGUUUUGCCAUUAGGUGGUGUUAAAACACAAGACCACUAGAAAAAUAGAUCUGGAUAACAUAGGAGGAGUAGGCGUGGGGUUUUUCUGUUGUUGAUGGUGUUUUUUUUAAUGAUGGACAAAGUAGUUAUUUCCAAACCAUCUUCAGCUUGCUGAACUUCCAGAAAAAUCUCUGUGAUGUCUUUGAGAAGAUGAUAAAAACACUGACUUUGAUCUGUCUGUCCUGGCCAGAUGAAACUGACCGGUUCAUACUCCUUCCUUUGGGAAGGGACCUCAGAUCCAGAGAAGUCAUGAUGCUUUAAGAGAAGGAACUCAUACCCUUUGGAGGACUUCUGUGAAGAAUGGAAGGAGGGCCCUGAAUAUCCCUGACAGGCUGGCAUUAGUUUGAAUUGUGUGUAUUCCGAUUUGAUUUUUAAGAAUUCCUGCUGAGAUGAUCCCCAGAAUCAUUCUAAUAAAUAGAUUUUUUUUAUUUUUUUUUUAAAAUUCAGGUUGUGCCUGAUUUCCCCAUGCUGUGCUGCAGGGGAGUAUAGACAGCAUCCCCCCCACUGCUCACGUUAUGGUUUCUGCAGUGUUGAAUAUACUGUGCCAAUGGGGAAUUUAAAGUGGCGCUAAAUGGUUUGGAUGAAUUUUGCUGGAACGUGGUGGGGUUCAAGUUAUUAGCACUUAGUGCUCAUAAAUAGUAUCCUUGUGUGCUAUCCUCCGGUCCAGCUGUCAACUCUUUUCCUGGUAUUUUUGUUUAUUUUUGGGGGUGGAGUAAGAAUAAGGGGAAGUGGUUUUCUUAGUGUUCAUUCAACAGAGAGAUGUAAAAGUCUUAUUUUCCUGGCCUCCCACUGUCAUAAAUAUCGGAGAACAUUGGUAGCUUUAAGGGGUCUGAGAUCAUGGAUGUGGAUAAACUCGUUAAUCAUGAACUUGAGUCAGUUGGACAAUUUUUGUCAGUGCUGAUGUUAUGAAAUCUCUGUAGCAUGGAAUAAUCGAUGAAGAAUAAUUCUAAGCUGCGUAAGUAGUAUUCAAAUUUAAAAGAACUCCAUUUUGCGAAUCUAUGUGUCUUGGACCUGGGAGCCCUUAACCGCGUAAGCUUCUGUGCUCCAUUUCCUUGAUCAUUUUAGAUUGGUUAUUCCAUCAGAAUUGAAAGAAUGAGAAGUCUUUCCCUUUGAUAUGCUCUUGCUUAAUGCUUUCUCUGAUCUGCUGAUUUCUCUCAGCUUAUUUGGUUUAUGAAGCUAAUAUUGAAAUCAUUCUAAUUUAUUAGAUGUACGUAGGGAGUGAGGAGGGAAUGACUUGUUUCCAGAGAACAUUCUAGGGAGCUCUUACUAAUAAAACCAAAAUUGCUAUGUUUUCUCUACUUAGUUGAGUGGUUAAUGGGGCACGAGCCUAUUACACUUGAACAUUUUGCAAAUGGAAGCUCGUUUUGUCAAGGUUUGCAUUCAGAAUCAGUAAAUGUUCUUGAGGUUGCAUGCUUGAGCUCUGACUUAUUUCUUCUGCCAUCUACUCAAGGGUAAUAAAUCAGCUUUUCCUCGAACUUCUCUUGUUGUAACGUCAGCCACAAAAUAAGUAUUUGCAUCCUCUGCAAUUACUGGGAUCGAUGCCUUUCUGCCCAAGAGCUGAAUUUGGCCACCUAUAAUUUUUCUCAUUUUGAGCAGUUUAGUUUCUCUGGUUUUCAGAAACACAAGUAGCUGCUCUGAAGUCAGAUGGAAUUCAUGUUGUAGUGAAAAAUCUCUCCUAGUGUUCAUCUUGGAAGUCUAAAUUCGGGCGAACUGACCAAUUUAGUGAGCUCCCGUAGAUAUUUAGUAGAAAUUUUCUUCCUGCUGUAUAUUUGGGCCUUAUGUUGAGGAGUUUGAUUUAUUAUUAAAUUAUUUGUGUACGCAGACUUUAAUCUGUACGUAUUUUACUUUGAUGUAUUAGGAUUUGUAAAUAAACUGAUUUUUAAAUAUUAUUUAUACACAUACUUAAAGGACUGGUCUACCCAGACAAGCAAUUGCUAAGUAAUAAAUGUUACCUUUUAGAAAUAAAUUGCAAGAUCAUGAAAUCGUAUCUCCCUCAGGGUUAUUUGUAAAGGUUUCUUUUCUUCCCUUUGGACUUAAUUAGCAGUAACUCGUUUCACAUAAUCUUAGAGCUAAAUCUACUGUAGCAAGAAAGUGCUGCGAACAGAGCUUGAGUAGAAGCAGCUCAAACACCCACAGAUCUGACUGUCCAUGUUCAUCAUAACUUUAAAUUGGGAAUUUUUCCUGUUGCACUUUUAAGAAGUUGUUGAAUUUUUAGUUCUAUUUAUUAUUUUUUUCCUUUGUGAAGGUCGCGCUGAGCAGUCAUCAAACAGGGUAAAUACUCCUGUACUGCGUAUGUGUAUACAGUAUAAUACUAAGCAGAUACAGAGCCCUUUCUUUUUUAUGCUGCAAGUGUUUACUGCUUAUGUUGGUCAUCAUCGCAAGAGCUGAAGUUGUGUAGGAUUUCUCCCAUGACGUUCUGAAUUGUAAACUUAAGUUUUUGUAUGUCUGAGGGAAAGCUGUGGGGUUUUGACAGGUUUUUAAGUCUUGGAUAUGUUGAUUUUAUACAGUUCAGGUUUUUAGAUCUGUUUUCAACAAGCUGCAUCUUCUUUGAUAAUUACGUGAUCCGGAAAUUACUCAGUUCAUCAUGAAUUGCUCAGUCCUAAUAGAGAUUAAACGAAUCAUCAUCACAGCUCUCUUGAGAAGCUCAGCUUCCUUUUUAUUUUUAAAUCUGAAACGAUUCUGCAUCUUUGUAUUUAAAAUAUGUAUUGCUGCUCUAGAAUGGUACCCUGUCAAGAGGCAUACAUAAAUAACUGUAUAAUAGAACUGUAAAUAGUCUUGUAAAUCAUUUUUGUGACUGAAACUCUUUGAAAAUAAAAUUAAAACAAACAGAUAUUUUAACUCUU